AUGGAAGUCACGGCCCAUGCGGAUGACUACAAUGCGUCCUUCCGUGAUACUGUAUGGCUCCAGUCGUUCCCUUUGAACGCACAGACAGUAUUGCACUAUUUUGCACUGUCUCCGUUCUACGAUCGCUCGUGCAACAACGAGCGCCUGAAGAUGCAGCGUCUCGGACUCGAUCAGCUCAAGAAUCUUCGUGGUGUCGAGUACGAGCUGCUGCCGAAUACCGCCAAGCAGUUACCACAGCAGAUCUAUAUCAUUCGCAAACAGCGACGUAGUAGCCGUACACAAGUGGAGCCAUUAGCCAUCUACUACGUACUGGAUGGUACAGUGUACCAAGCCCCAAACAUCCACGCCAUGCUCACGUCUCGCCUCAAAAAAUGCAGUUAUCGAGUGAACAAGGCGUUUCAUGGAUUGGCUGCAGGUGUACGUUUUAGCUCGACAGAAGGCUAUGCAUGGGAUUUUAGCUCCAAGGACAAGAAAGAGCCUGUGAUUCCUUCAGAGCAGCUCCAGCUGAAACUCAAGCAGAAGUAUGAAAAAAUGGAGAAACAGCGCGAGAAUUCGGCGCGUGUGGACUCGAUUUUGAUUCAACUUAUGAAGAAACACGCACCUGAAAUUGCUGAAAAGCUGGAGAGCAAUAAUGCUGCCGCUGCAGCAGGAAUUGAGGAUCCGGUGGCUACGAACACUACCAAGCACGAAAACGAUGUUGUUGGAACCGACGCUGUCAAGCGGCAGAAAGUUGCAUAA